AUGGGUGAUUUUGAUAUCGAUAUCAAAAAAAUUGCAAACUCGCCGGCUCCCGGCAUCAGCUACUUUACACCACAUCAGAAUCCUCCAGCAGGCCAGGCGGCAAAUCCUCAGAGCAAUGGCUCUGCCCCGCCAAAACUCUUCCAGCCGCUAAAGAUAAGAGGGCUGACUCUCCAUAACCGCGUCGGGCUUGCACCUCUCUGCCAGUAUUCAUCGCGGGAUGGCCAUCUUACUGACUGGCACGUGGCUCACCUUGGCAGCAUUGCAAUCCAUGGAGCUGGAUUUGUGAUGGUAGAGGCUACGUCUGUCCUCCCAGAAGGACGGAUCACCCCUGAAGACUCAGGACUUUGGAAGGAUUCUCAGAUCGAGCCUCUAAGGCGGGUCGUCGAGUUUGUUCAUAGCCAGAGCCAGGUUAUCGGCAUCCAACUGGGCCAUGCCGGUCGCAAAGCCAGCUCGUUUGCUCCCUGGCUGACGUCCGGUGACCUUGCCGAUGAGAGCGCGGGUGGCUGGCCGGAUAAUAUCAAGGGGCCAAGUGAUAUCCCGUGGGGCCCGCGACUGGGCAAUCCGAAAGCCAUGACGAAGGCGGAUAUUGAAGAAUUCAAGGAGGCCUUUGGUGCAUCAGUGCGCCGUGCAGUUACUGCGGGUGUCGACUUUAUUGAAAUACAUAAUGCCCAUGGAUACCUUCUGUCGUCGUUUUUGUCUCCAACCUCGAACAAUCGAACUGACGAGUACGGCGGUUCGUUCGAGAACCGAAUGCGCCUCACCAGCGAAAUCGUCGACAUUUCUCGCAAGAACAUGCCCGAAGACAUGCCUUUAUUCCUUCGUGUUUCAUCUACUGAAUGGCUGGAAGAGUCCCGUCCUGACCUAGCUAGCUGGACGGUAGAGGACACAGUUCGCUUUGCCGAGGUACUGGCUGAAGGCGGCAAGGUUGACUUCAUCGACAUCAGCUCGGGAGGUAACCACCCAGACCAAAAAGUGAGAGGCGCGCUACCUGGCGUACCUUACCACGCUCCCAUGGCAAAGGCCGUCAAAAUGGCCGUCGGCGAUCGUAUGCUUGUUGGUGUUGUCGGAAACAUCACCACUGGGACAACUGCCAACCGGCUGUUAGAGGAGGAUGGUCUGGAUUACGCUCUGGUUGGCCGCUGGUUCCAAAGGCAUCCUUCACUUGUUUGGUCUUUUGCCGACGAGCUGGGGGUUGACCAUAAAGUUGCCAACCAAAUGUCAUGGCCCUUUGGAGGAAGGGGCUCUACCACUUAUUUGAAGGCCGCACAAAAGAACUAG